UGUGAGGUUGUAUUUAAAUCCAAUCUCAGUGACAUCAGCAGGAGAAGGUUUGGCCUGAGUCCCGUUAUCCUGCUCCGGGAUAAAAGCACGGGGAGCUGAUCUGCCCGUGCAGGAGCUCCAUAUAGCCGACCGACCUCCUCCUGACAGGGACUCUGCUCACGACCUGGGACAAGGAGGACAAAGGGAGAGAGGAGGGCACAGCGGUACCUGUUUCCUUUCAUUAUGCUGGGCAACAGAAAGAAAGCAGCUUCGGCGGAGAAGAACGGAGCCGGGACGUCCAAGUUAAAGGCCAUCGACCCUCUGAGGAACCUGGGAGUUCAGGAUGAUGAAGAUGUGAAACGGAUGUUACAGGGCUCCAGUAUGGUGAAGGUCCGCUCACCUCGCUGGCAGAAGCGACGAACUCUGAAGCUGCUGGAAGAUGGUGUCACUGUCUGGUGUCAGUCCCACAAAACCUCCAGCCGGGCCAAAGAGCAACAGUCCUUCUCCAUCAUGGACGUGGAGUGCAUUCGGGAGGGUUGCCAGUCGGAGACAUUGAGGCAGUUGGUUGGCUCUGUACCUGAGGGCCGGUGUUUGACAGUGGUCUUCAAAGGGCCCCGAAAGAGCCUGGAUCUCCUCUGCCAGAGCCAGGAGGAGGCUCAACACUGGGCCCGCGGCAUCCGAACACUGAAAGAGAGAGUGGAGAAUAUGACUCAGAAGGAAAAACUGGACCACUGGAUUCAUGCUUACCUGAGUCGGGCUGACCAAAACCACGAUGACAAGAUGAGCUAUGAAGAAGUCCAGACACUGCUGCAGAUGAUCAAUGUUGACCUGAGUGACCAGUAUGCCCACAGCCUCUUCCAGAAAUGUGACCGGUCAGCUGAUGGUCGUCUGGACCACGGGGAGAUUGAAGUUUUCUGCAGGGAGUUAUUACGGAGACCGGAACUGGAUGCUGUGUUCAUCCGCUACUCUGCAAAUGGCUGUGUACUUUCCACUGUGGACCUGAGGGAUUUCUUGAAGGACCAGGGGGAGGAUGCUUCACUCAUCCAUGCCCAAAGCCUCAUUCUCACAUAUGAACUUAAUGAGUGGGCCCUGAGGAACCAGUUCAUGACCCCUAAUGGCUUCACUAUGUACAUGCUGUCCAAGGAGAACUGUGUCUUUAACCCGGAACAUACACGGGUUUACCAAGACAUGAAUCACCCACUGGCUCACUACUUCAUCUCUUCUUCCCACAACACAUACCUCACUAAGGAUCAGGUGACAGGGGACAGCAGUACAGAGCCAUACAUCCGAGCUCUGAAUCGUGGUUGUCGCUGUGUGGAGCUGGACUGUUGGGAUGGAGAUAAAGGAGAGCCAGUCAUCUACCAUGGACACACACUCACCUCCAAAGUACCAUUUGUUGAAGUCAUUGAGAUUAUCAGUGAAUAUGCUUUUAAAGCAUCUCCUUACCCCCUGAUCCUGUCCCUGGAGAACCACUGCUCUGUGGAGCAGCAGACUGUAAUGGCUCAGCACCUGCGAUCUAUCCUGGGUGACAAACUGUUAACCAAACCCCUCCAUGGUGUAGAUUCUCACAGCCUGCCUUCUCCAGAGGAACUUAAAUGGAAAAUCCUUGUGAAGGGGAAGAAGGAGCAUGUGGUGGAGGAGUGCUCAUCUAGUGCUUCAGACUUCAGCUCCUCAGAUGAAGAGGCCAGUCGGACUGAAGGCAAACCCCCCUCCACAAAAGAGGACAAGAAGUCAAGUGUGUCUACGCUGAGUCCAGAGCUGUCAGAGCUGGUCGUGUAUACCCGCAGUGUACCCUUUAAAAGCUUUGAGCAAGCUGCCAAAAACCCAGCAACUGAAAUGUCCUCUUUCUCUGAAAGUGAAGCUCUCAGGCACAUUAAGGACUCAGGGAUAUAUUUUGUGCGUCACAACAGUCACCAGCUCAGCAGGAUCUACCCCUCAGGACAGCGCCUCCAGUCCUCCAACUACAACCCUCAGGAGAUGUGGAAUGCAGGUUGUCAGAUUGCUGCUUUGAACUUCCAGACACCUGGUGAGCAGAUGGACCUAAACCAAGGCAGGUUCCUGCAGAAUGGUCAGUGUGGGUAUAUCUUGAAACCUCCCUUCAUGUGCCAGCAUAACACAACCUUCAACCCAGAGAAUGUUGGUGGAGGUCCUGCCCAUAGACCUAUACUGCUCACUGUUAAGGUUAUUUCAGCUCAACAGCUGCCCAAACCAGAAUGGGACAAGCCCAGCUCCAUUGUCGACCCUCAAGUGUGGGUGGAGAUACAUGGUGUUCCCAUCGACAACAAUAAGAAGAAAACUCAUCAUGUAGACAACAAUGGCUUUAACCCGCGGUGGGACUGUACAUUUAAUUUUACUGUUCAUGUCCCUGAUGUGGCUCUUGUUCGCUUCAUGGUGGAAGACCAUGACUAUACCUCAAGCAAUGACUUCCUAGGGCAGUACACCUUGCCUUUCACCAGUCUUCGCACAGGUUAUCGUCAUGUCCGACUGCUCAAGCUGGAUGGCUCCAGCCUUUCACCUGCUUCCAUCUUUGUCCACAUUACAGUCACCCCCUGCCAGAGCAGUCCCUACAAGUAAUCAUCAAAAUCACUGGCUAGGUCACUGAACAAGUCCUCAGUCAAGAAUCCCUAACACUUGAUGACAACUCAUGGAUCCACCAUUAGUCUGGUGUUAUUAUUAUUAUUGGUGUUGUUAUAAUUAUUAUUGGUGCUAGAUUUUGAAUAUAUGAGCUAACUCCAAAACUAAUUAGUUAUGAUGCCCUCUGCAGGAAGAACAAUUUUAUUAGAAUAGCUUAUAAAUGCCUGUUGGUAUAAGUUGUAGGUUGUGAAGGUCAGAAAGCCAAAAUCCAAAGUAUGAGGUGUGAUCAAAAGGUUCCAAGACUGUGCCUAUAACAAGCAAAAAUGUACUUUUCUUAAAUUUGGUUAUUGUCCCCUUCAAAGUAGUCACCUUGUGCUGUGAUACAUCACUCCCAGUGCUCUUGCCACACUUGGAACACUCACUGUAAGUCCUGUUUUGUAAGUGUGUCAAGCACCAUCUGCAUUGUAAGCUGGAUCUCCUCCAUUGUGUCAAAAUGGUGAACCUUCAGCUUGAAUUUCAUUUUUGGGAAGAGGAAGAAGUUGCAGGGAGCCAAAUCUGGCAAGUGGGGCAAUUGGGUAGCGACAAUUGUGUUAGUGUGACCCAAAAAUCUGCUGUGAGAGUCCAGAUCGCUUGACGGUGGACUAGAGCUUGCCAUUGACAGUCUGGGUCAUCCAUAUGUAACACGUACAGAUUUUGAUUGCCCAACGUGACAUUGCAUACAGGCUCAACAUGAAAAUUACUGCUCACACCUGCUGCAUUCACAUUACCAUUCAUUCACAACAAGGACAGUUUUGGAACUUUUUGAUUGCACCUCAUAUGUGCAGCCAUCCUCUGGAAUGUUAAGGGACAUGAUCCACUUUUAAAGUUAAUUUUAAAACAAUCAAGAGCUAAUAUUUUUUCCUCAUCAUUAACCUUCCAUUUUCUGAAACCAACAAUCCAACCUCAUUUCAUGCAGUAAUUGGCCAGGUGAGAGAGUAGGCAAGAUUUUGACUUCUGUCUGAAGCUCUCCUUUUAAACUCUUCAGUCAAGUACAUUGCAUUUCCUUUUGUAUGAACAAUGGUCAGAAAGUGUAUGUUGUUAUUCCCAUUUUUGGCCAUCUUGGCCAUCUUGUCACCCUAUGUCUGAAUGUGGCCAUAUGGAACAACUAUUAACACUUUCUGCCUGCAAAACACUUUAUUUUAGUGGCAAGUUUCGAGCAUACCCCAGCUUUUAGAUACUGGGUAUCCAGACAGAAAACAGAAAUGUGUACACAUUGAAGUACAAAUACCAAGAAGUAUCCCUUGCCCGCAGCUCAUCAAAGUAGCACUGUUGAGGGGAACAGGGGGUUUCAUACUAAAAAUACUGUAAGUGAAACUGCAAUAUUAGGAAGCUUUUAACAUGUAAAGAGGAUUUUGGUCUAUACUUCUUAUGUUCUUUAUAAAGUGGAGUAAUAUUUGAAAGGAUCACCUCACAGCCAAGAACAGGAGAAUUUAUUACAGCAACUAAUAAUAAGAACUCGUACAUAUGGCAUGUAAGUAUUGUAUUGAGAUGUCAUUAAUACAGAUAAAUGAGAUAAAAUAUUCUAAUUUCAAGGUUCACUUUUAAGCUUUUUCUAGAGCUUUUGACCUUAUCACACUCCGUGUGUUUACAUAUACUGUAAUAACCAGUUUACUGUCAUUACAGUCAAGUCAGUUUACUGACUUAUCUAGACAUCCAGAGGUUAAUUUUGCUUGGUUUGUUUUAGUCUGACUCAUGUAGGAAUUGUUUUAAGUACAUCUUUCUGUGUAAUGAUCUCUUCUUUUAUCCACCUGCUCUGCUGUCUUUUCCUGCCUGUACCUGUAUUUGUAAAUAGUUGUAUUCGUGUACACAGUUACCUGUGUACAGGAUACCAGGGGUAACCAAGAUUCUCUAAUCUGCUACCCUGUUUACAAUGACCAGGUUUCUUGUUUGCAUAUUGAAACAAGAAAUAUAGAAAUUUGUUUACUGGAGAAAGCCAACUCUAACCAGGAUACUGAACACACAGAUCAUCUCUUUGGGAUUACAAUCAUACCCCAUGUAUGGCCACUUGCAUGACAAAAAAGCUCAGUAAUAAGCCAGUGAAACACACAGAUGUGUUUAAACAGCCGAGAAUUAAUUUCUGUGUUCAUGUAUCAAGACAGUAAAAUCCAAACCUGUCCUUCUUUGUUGUAAUAGAGCUGUGCGGAUUCCAAAUUCAGUUCUCAGUAUAAAUCUGUUAUCGGGUUCAAAUAGGGCAACAUCCCCAAUACUGCUGUGGACAUCAAAAGCCAUAUGGAAAAUAAGACUGACUUUAUUUUAAAAGAUGUUAGAGCUCCAUAAAAAAGAAUAUCUCUUGUUGCUGCCUCUCCUUGUGCAAAGGAACCCAUUCCAGUGCUUUUAUAAUGGAGCCUAGUGUAAUAUUUCAAAUGGUAAACAGAUUCUGAAGACAUUACUUUUUUAAGUAGCCAAGUAGCAUUUUUAUAUUGCUCAGUUAUGCUAUAGCAAGAUGACGUGCACUAGAUAGAGCUUCUGCUUUAUUAUUAGCUUAUUAGAUGAGGCAUACAGUAGGGCCCAAAAGUCUAAUACCACUUUCUAUCCAAAGUCACAUUCAGGUGACUCAGACUUUUGGACACCACUGUACACAAAUUUGCUUCACAGCUACAAUGAGGUUUGCUACGUUUGCUAUCUUACGUUGACAUACGUCCUUACUUUGUGUCAGAUGUGUUCUGUGCAUGCAGAGUUGAUCUGUUGAACUGAUGAACCUUUGUGACUGUGACAUUACUAUAAUUUUCAGUGUUUGAACAGAUUAGACAACACAUUGUCAUGUUAAAGAUAAGGUUUUAUAUAGUGUUUUUAUUAAGGAAGGUGAUUUUUUAUCUUAUUUUAUUUUAUUUUUGAAGGACUUGGUUUGAGAAUAGUCAUUCUGGUUACUUACACGAGUUCAAUAUUAGUCUUCAGACAUCUAAAAAAUUAAAUCAAAACAGCCUCAGAAUAUCUUUUGUGUCAUAGUGAAACUUUGCCAAAUUUAUCAUUAUUUGAUGUAGAACAAAAUGUACUUUAUUUUAACACAACCUGUGAUCAGGAAGUUUGUUUGAAUUGGGAUAGAAAUUUUAGAUCUAUGCCAAUAUUUAAUGAUAUAAAACAAACCCCAGCCGUAUUUGGGACAAUACUGAAUUACUCACAUGUGUGAAGAACUGUAAGUCCACUACAUAUAUGGUAAAAAUGCCAAAGUUGAACUGUAGCAUUGAUAACAAAAAUUGCAACUGUAAAUUUCAACUUAUUGGCAGUGUUGUUUAUUUAUUAUUAUUAUACUGUUUGCUUUUGUGCCGUACCAGCUGUAUGGUAAUCAAUCAUUAUUUAUUAUCCAGGUUAUAUAUGCAAAAUUGAAUAGAAAUUUAUUAAAACAUUGUGGAAAUAGUAACCCAAACCUUUUCUACAAACUGAAUAACCUCAUAAUGUCAAAGGGUAUUUGUAACAGUUGUCCAGUCCUUAACUAUGUUGUCAAAUGAUAUGUUCAACUGAUUCACAGCGUAAAAUAAAAAGUAGAAUUCCAGCAUUACAUAUUUUAAUCAUCAUCACCAUAUUAUGGCGCUCUACAAAAAAAAAAAAAAUAAAUAAAUAAAGAUCUUAGAAAAUCAAAAUCUUAUUUUACAAUGUUUAUGAC